CUUCAAGGUUGGAACAAACAUCAUUUCGAAUAGUAUCACUGGUCAACAGUGGUAGAAUUGAAUAUUCCAAUAAUUUAUUCUCCAGAAUAUCUAUUCGUAGGAAGUUGUGUUGAUCACUUAUAAGUCAUUUCUUUAGCCGCUCACACAAGAGUGCUUGUUAAUAUUACACGUACCAUUACAUUCAUUCAUUAAGAUAUAAGCCAAAAGAUGCUUGACUUUAUAUCCAAAUCAACUAGUGCGUUGGCAAGAACCUCAGCCAACCGCCCGAUUCAUUUCAUCAUUGUGAUAGCCUUAUUUGCUUCCAUGGCUUACUUGUCAGUUGUUGAUGAGUAUCUUCCUGAUCAAUUCCUGUCUGAUUAUUCGAUAAAGUUUUAUCAUCCUCCAGGCUCGUCUCUGUACACUGACUGGACCAAGAUUGACGAUGUUUCAGCGUACUCUGACGCUGACCAGUACGUGGUCGCUCCGCUUAGGUUUAAACGGGUACAAACUGAUGAUAUUCCAGAACUUGAAGGUACUUUCCAUGGAUUAAAUUCAAAUGAACGUAUUUUGAUUACUAGACCAGAAGAUUUAGAAGAAAGCCUUAAUUCAAUCGAUAAAAUCUCUUAUAAUGGUAUAACUUGGAAAGCAAGACAUAAUAAUAGAAUUACUAAGUACUACGAAUAUUUAAGAGCAGGUUUAUUGAAAAUUAAAUCUUCUAUUCAAGGUGCAGAAAAUUUUGAUAUCGGUUUAAUCACAGUUGCUUAUAUCGCAAUGUGGUACACUUUAAUUAAAGUUUUCAUUGAUAUGCAAAAAGUUGGCUCAAAUUUUUGGUUGGCUUUUUCAACUAUUACAUCUUCAACUUUUGGAUUUCUUUUUGCUUUAUUAGUUACUACUAAAGUCUUGGAUACUAAAGUACCUUUAUUAAGUAUUACUGAAGGUAUUCCUUUCCUUGUUGCCAUAAUUGGAUUCAAACAUAAAGUCUCCAUUGCUACUUAUGUUCUGCAGGCUUCUUCUUCUUCAAACGCUGAUGUUAAAACAAUUGUUUCCGAUGCCAUUUCUGCUCACACUGUUAGUUUAUUAAGAGAUCAUUUUGUCGUUAUUGGUGCAUUAUUAUCAGUUGCUGGUUAUGCUCAUCAUUUGGAAGGUAUGUUCAAUUUUUGUAUAUUAAGUGCUUUAAUUCUUGCUUUUGACUUGGUACUUGUUUAUACUUUUUUCUCUGCCAUCUUAGCUUUAAAAAUUGAAAUCAAUCGUGCUCGUCGUACUGAAGAUUUAAAAGAUGCUUUAGAAGAAGAUGGUAUUUCUUCUUUAGUUGCUGCUAACGUUGCUACCGAUGCUUCUCAUCAUCAAUAUCAUUAUGUAACUUCAUCUAUUUCUAGCAGUGCUUCAAUGGUCUCUUUCAAAGUUGCCAUGAUUGUUGGGUUUUUCUGUUUCCAUUUCUUUUGGGUCGGUAGCUCUUGGUUAUAUAAUGUCACUGGUGGUGAAUCUAUUUCUUUUUUCACUACCUCUCCUCAAUUAUCUAAAACUACCGCAAAACAUAUUGCUAUUGGUAAAGCUGGUACUAUCGCCACCUUGGUUACUCCAAAAGUUUAUAUGCCAUUAGGCUUCUUGGUUACAUUAGAAGAUGUGAUUUUAAGUGUCUUGGAAAUAAUCAGUUCUGGUAUCAGAGAUUCUUUGAUUUCUAAAUGCUUAUUAUUUGCUUUCGCUAUUUCUAUUUCAACUAAUGCUUAUUUCUUAAAUGCUUCGAGAUAUCAAGUUUCUGCUACCAAUAAGUUAAUCGAAAAAGAAAUUUCUAGACCUAAAUCAUCCGAAUCAAGAAGAAGUGUUUCUGCAGCCCCACCUAAGUCUUCAUCUACUAAAACUCCUUCUAAAGAUGUUGAAAGUGAUAGUGAUGACUCUAGUUCUACCGUCGAAGAAUUACAGAUUAGAGCUCCAAAUAAACUCUUACCAUUAGAAGAAUGUGCCAAAUUUUUGAAAGAAGGUAAUGUCAAACAAUUGAACGAUAAUGAAGUCUCUUCCUUAGUUGUCGCUGGUAAAUUACCCUUGUAUGCUUUAGAAAAACAAUUAGCUGAUAAUACCCGUGCUGUUGCUGUUCGUCGUAUAGCCAUGGCUAAAAUUGCCAAGGCCCCUAUCUUAGAGACCGAUAGCUUACCAUUUGAACAUUAUGAUUACGAUCGUGUCUUUGGUGCUUGUUGCGAAAAUGUCAUUGGUUAUUUGCCAUUACCUGUCGGUGUUGCUGGUCCAUUGAUUAUCGAUAAAAAACCAUACUACAUUCCAAUGGCUACUACCGAAGGUUGUUUAGUUGCUUCUGCUAUGCGUGGUUGUAAAGCCAUUAACGCUGGUGGUGGUGUCGAAACCGUUUUGACUCAAGAUGGUAUGACUAGAGGUCCUUGUGUUUCUUUCCCAACUUUAAGUAGAGCCGGUGCCGCAAAAAUUUGGUUGGAUUCUGAUGAAGGUCAAAAAACUAUUCAAAAGGCUUUCAAUUCUACUUCUAGAUUUGCCCGUUUGCAACACGUUAAGACUGCCUUGGCUGGGACCUUAUUAUUUAUCCGUUUUAGAACUACCACUGGUGAUGCUAUGGGUAUGAAUAUGAUUUCUAAAGGUGUUGAAUUUGCUCUUAAAUAUAUGACUGAAGAAUGUGGUUUCAGUGACAUGGAUGUUAUUUCCGUUUCUGGUAAUUAUUGUAUCGAUAAAAAACCGGCUGCUAUUAAUUGGAUAGAAGGUAGAGGUAAAUCAAUUGUCGCUGAAGCUAGAAUUCCUGCUGAAGUUGUUAAGAAGGUUCUUAAAUCAGACGUUGAUGCUUUGGUUAAAUUAAAUGUUAGUAAGAACUUGGUUGGGUCAGCUAUGGCCGGUUCAAUAGGUGGUUUUAACGCUCAAGCUGCUAAUUUGGUUACUGCUGUAUUUUUAGCUUGUGGUCAAGAUCCUGCUCAAAAUGUUGAAUCAUCUAAUUGUAUGACCUUGAUGGAUAAUGUCGAUGGUGACUUGCAAAUUUCUGUUUCUAUGCCUUCCAUUGAAGUUGGUACAAUUGGUGGUGGUACAAUCUUGGAACCACAAGGUGCUAUGUUAGAAAUGUUAGGCGUUCGUGGACCUCAUCCUACCAACCCUGGUGACAAUGCUAGACAGUUAGCCCGUAUUGUUGCAUCAAUUGUUUUGGCUGCGGAACUUUCACUUGGUUCCGCUUUAGCAGCUGGCCACUUGGUUCAAUCUCAUAUGACCCAUAACCGUAGUAAAGCACCAAAUGCUUCACCUGCUCCUAAUGGAUCUGCCAACGGUGCAUCCGCUCCUGCUGUCAAUGGUACCUCUAAUGGCUCCGCUGUUAUUAAAAAUGGGUCAGUCACUCCUCAACUUAAUUCAGAUGACAUAAAUCGCCUUAAGGAAGGUUCUGUUAAUUGCAUUCGCUCCUGAGUUCCCUUGACUCAUGAGCUUUUUAACUUAACAAUAAACGAAAACUAAUUCACUAAACAAUCAUAUUUGCUUUUUUGCUUUUUGUAACAAAACCUAUUCCAUUCAUCAUUAUCAUUGGUAUGAAUUCCUUGUCGAAGCUUGAUUUUCAU